UACCUGGGGGGAGGGGGCGGAGCGGGCGUCCUAGCCCCGCAACUCCGCCUGCGCCGCUCGAUUCCCGCGCCCUCCGCCUGACCCAGACUCGCGCUGCCCCCCUCGCCUCCUCCUCCUCCUAGUACCCCCCAGGAGCUGAGGGACGGCCCAGUCGGACCCCCCACUUGAGAAAACCCGACUGCUGACCUUUCCCGGCCUCCUGGGUCCGCCGAGGAAGCCGGAGCCUUAGCCCUCGGCCGACUGCUGCGACUGCGGGGCGGCUGGGCCCGGGGCCAAAGGCGGGGCGGGGCGGCAGCGGGGGCCUUUAAGAGGCGCGGCCGCCGGGACCGACCCAGACGCGGGCAGCGCCGGGACUCGCCACCGCCACCAACGCCGCCGCCGCCGCCGCCGCUCGCAGCCCGCAGCGCUCCGGCUCCUCCUCCUCCUCUCGCGACCGCCCUCCGCAGCGAUGGACGGAGACGGGGACCCAGAGAGCGUGGGCCGGCCGGAGGAACAGCCGGAGGAGGCGUGCGCGGAGGCGAGCGCCGAGGAGGAGCGGCCCGAGGACCCGGAGGAGGAGGACCAGGAGGCGGCGGCGGCGGCGGACCUGGCGGAGCUGCCCGAGCCGCUGCUGCUGCGCGUGCUGGCCGAGCUGCCGGCCGCCGAGCUGGUGCGGGCCUGCCGCCUGGUGUGCCUGCGCUGGAAGGAGCUGGUGGACGGCGCCCCGCUGUGGCUGCUCAAGUGCCAGCAGGAGGGGCUGGUGCCCGAGGGCGGCGCGGAGGACGAGCGCGACCACUGGCAGCAGUUCUACUUCCUGAGCAAGCGGCGGCGCAACCUGCUGCGCAACCCGUGCGGGGAAGAGGACUUGGAGGGCUGGAGCGACGUGGAGCACGGCGGGGACGGCUGGAGGGUGGAGGAGCUGCCUGGAGACUGUGGGGUGGAAUUCACCCACGAUGACAGCGUCAAGAAGUUCUUCGCCUCCUCCUUCGAGUGGUGUCGCAAAGCGCAGGUCAUUGAUCUGCAGGCGGAGGGCUACUGGGAGGAGCUGCUGGACACGACUCAACCGGCCAUCGUGGUGAAGGACUGGUACUCAGGCCGCUGCGACGCCGGCUGCCUGUACGAGCUCACCGUGAAGCUGCUGUCUGAGCACGAGGACGUGCUGGCGGAGUUCAACAGCGGGCAGGUGGCAGUGCCGCAGGACAGUGACGGCGAGGGCUGGAUCGAGAUCUCCCACACCUUCACCGACUACGGGCCAGGAGUCCGCUUCGUCCGCUUCGAGCACGGGGGGCAGGACUCCGUCUACUGGAAGGGCUGGUUUGGGGCCCGGGUGACCAACAGCAGCGUGUGGGUGGAGCCCUGAGCGACCCUCCUCCAAGCUUCCCCAGCUGCCUGGAGGGGCAGAGCUGGGGUAGAUAGGCCUUAACUUAGUCGUAACAUCCUCGCCUUCCCCAAGCCACGAGCCCUCCUUCUCUCACGCCCCCUGCUACAAGCCCAGCCCCCAGGUGGGGAGAGAGGGGUUUACUGGCAUACAUUUGCUUCUGUUUGCACCUUCUCGGCAGCCGGCUUCUAGAAUGUACGAUCGGUGAGGGCGUGGGCCCUGCUGAAUCUCCUGCACCUAGUACAGUGCCUACCUCAAAGUGGGCACUUAAUAAAUAUUAUUUGUCCAAGGAAGGAAUGAAUGAACAAAGGAUGAAUGAACACCUCUCCCCUCCCAUCCUUUUCUGUAUUCUGAGGGCCCAGCCUGGAAAAACACUUGGUGGGGCUCCAGCUGCUCCGGUUUCCAGGGGCCCUUGGGCCGGUAUGGAGCCGGUCAGGCCCGGGCCGGCAGGGCUGGACAAAGGCUGGGAUUGUGAGGCCAAGGAGGGGUGAGCUGGGCCUGGCGCCUGAUUGACACCCUAGCUGCCCAGAGGCCAGAACAGAGUGUGGGGGGGCUGCCUCCCAGGCCUCUCUUGGCUCAGCGAUUAUCCUAUGCCUUGCUGCCUCCCAAUCCAUUUCUGAAGGCAGGGUGGUGAGGUCGUGGUGACACUGGAUCUGGGUACCAGUUCUCCUGGGCCCGGGUCAGGGAGUUGCAGGGGGGAGCACAGAAAGGACCAGUUUGUCAUCCCUCUUCAGUUCGUGCCCACGCCGUGCUGUCCUGGCGUUGGAUUGGACAGGAGUCAUUAGCAUCUGGUCUCAUUGGUCAUUUUCCAAGCUUGGCCCUGAGGCUGGCCCCUGGCACUGCUUUUGGGGAGGGGAGGGUGUUGUGUUGGAUUCUGUGCUUGGGCACUCUCGUCUUCCCUCCCCAGCAGCUCUCAAACCCAGCCGCUUCCCAGGACUCUCAGCCGCUGGUCCUGGGGACCUUUGAAGGGCUUGAAACAUCUUUCCUCCUCUCCAGAAGUGGAGACCAAUAAAAUCACUGUGACCCUGCAGCUUUGCUUUGCUUGUGAACCCUG